UUAAACCCUAAAAAACAUCUCUACCUCUAUACCAAGGUUUACACCCACCAGCAAACAACCUUAAACCCCCCAAAAAAUGAGCAUAGUAGCAGGAUCAUACGAACGUUUCAUCUGGGGUUUCAAGCUCAAAACUUUAAAACAUUCAACAGAAUCCUUAACCCUAUCUCCCCUCUUCACUUUCCCAUCACACACUUCCCCAAUCAAAUCCGUCGCCGUUUCCGGCACCGUCGCCGUCUCCGGCGGUUCAGACGACACAAUCAAAAUCUACGACCUCACAACCUCAACAGAAAUCGGUUCUUUAACUGACCCAACAUCAACUGUCACCACUCUUUGUCUUUACACCCCACAAACCUCCCCUGCAUUCCCUCGUAACCUGUUUUCGGGUUUCGAUGAUGGGAACGUGUCGUUUUACGAUGCCGACCCGUUUGUGUUGUUGAAAAGUGUAAAGGUUCAUAAGAAAGGGGUGAAUGAUUUGUGUGUGCAUCCAAGUGGGAAACUUGCGUUGACCGUUGGAAGGGAUUCGUGUUUGGGAAUGGUGAAUUUGGUUAGAGGGAGAAGGAGUUUUUUUUGUAGGAUGGAAAAAGAAGGGAAUUUAGUUGAGUAUGAUUGUAUUGGGGGUGAAAAGUUUUUUAUGGGUAUGGAUGAAAAGGUUUCGGUUCAUGAAUCCGAAAAUGCCAAAUUGAUCGUUGAGUUGCCGACCAAAAAGAAAGUUCUUUGUAUUGCUCCUGGCAUGAAUGGACUUCUUUACACCGGUGGAGAGGAUAGGAAUCUCACAGCAUGGGAUACAGACAGCGGGAAGGUUGCAUAUUCCAUUGAGGAUGCACAUUCAGCUCGUUUAAAAGGAAUAGUAGUGCUUUCUAAGAUUGAGGGUACAGAUGAAGGUGAACCAUUUUUAGUGGCAUCUGCUUCUUCAGAUGGUAUUAUACGUGUUUGGGAUGUUCGCAUGGCCACCAAGGAUAAACCAACACCACUAGCUGAAGUCAAUACCAAGUCUAGGCUCACUUGUCUUGCUGGGUCUUCUGUUAAAUCUUUAAAGAAGCGUUUUGGUGGCUCCGGUAAUUCAAGUAAAGAGCAGGAUGAAGCUGCUUAAGGAUUUCAUUAUAUGUAGCCAUUCGAAAAACAACAUAGUACCUAGAAGUUUUCUAAUGUGUAAGUUUGUGGAAUCAUGGUGUAAUGCCUCCACUGGAAAAAAAUGUCUACCAAAAAUAUGUUAUGUUAGCAUAUAUUUUGAGUUUUUUUUUUUUUUUGUCAUGUUACCUGUUAUUCUUUUCUAUAAGAAAUGGAGUUACUUACAUGAACGGUCGAUGUAUUUUGUAGCAGGUUACAACAUUUGCUCUUAUUUUCUUUCAAACUUAAACGAAC